ACAAUGAGUCUUAAGAUUGCACUCAUUUUUUGUGACGAUAAUCGAACAUGCGUCGCGUGUGCGCAUGGCGAUAUUUGAUACAUAUUUUUGUCAGCGUAAUUUUAAUAGUUUCUGUAAGAAAUACACAAUCUGGAUAUUAUCAUAUCUGGAAUGCCUCAAGUUUCGCCUCUUUAGUCCGCACCUAUCUGCACCACGCACGUAUGUACUUCACGAUCGCGGUACGUUAUUUUUCGAGACUAGCGCACUCUAGUAGUGAUUGUUAUGAGGUUAGACGCAGCUGCAAGCUCUCAGGAAGCAGGAAGUCAGGAAUCUUGUGUGAAACGGUGAUUUCAUGCGAUUUCACAGCAAGAGAAAGUCGCUGUUGGGACAAUUUGUUAUCUAAGGAAAGAGAAUAUCAUUACAGGAUCUUUAUAUUGGAUGGUCUUUCAUCUGGCUGGAGUCAUCUCAAUUCGGGAUGCCGUGCAGUUUGUAGUUACAGUCAGUAACACCAUCAGAAAAAAUCCUCAGUGAUUACAUUAUCCUGUGAAACCAAUGGAUCGUUUUAGUUCGAGAUCCCAACGCAUUGGACCAAAAGUGCAUAAGAAUCGCAGAAUUGACAAUAGAUGGGGAGAAGAGUAUCACCAAGCUAUACAAAAUAUUGUGUUUGGCAGGCAUUGUUUGCCUUACAUGCCAACAGAGCCGCCAGCAUCCUUGAGCGAAGAGAUUGUGGAAUCUGGUCCGUUAUACGUGUGCAAACACUGCAAAGAUUGUUUUCGUUUUCAAAGCAGUUUUGAAGAUCACAACGCACGGCACAGUUGGAUCUUAGGGCUUUGGUGUCACGAAUGUUUCGAAACAGUAUGUACUCACACUCAGACACGUACUGCGAAUAUAAAAUGUUCUACAUGCACAAAAAUAAAUAGUGAUAAACGCGCGUAUUUUCGAGCAAAAGGUAUAAAUAAGAGUCUGAAGCUGGGGGCUGUAAGAGUAUUCUACAAUCAGUGCCAAUUCGUCGAGCAUUUGAAAAUGCAUAAAUUAAGUAGAGUAAAUAUGGGUGAUUUAAUGUUAUUGCCUCUACCUACUAACAUGAGCAAUAGUGAUUGGUCUACUGAAUUUGAAAUAUUAUGCGAAGCACUUAUGGAAUGGGCAUUCAUAUUACGCACACAUAUUAUAGAUUGGUUAGAGCUGUAUAAUUUACAAGAUAACUGGUGGAAGCUGGUUAAUGGCAAAAGUGAUGACGAUAUAAUAAAUGCAGUUGUCAACAGUUAUGAGGGCCGACAAUUAUUUGAAACUUACGAUACAUCAACAACAAAUAUGGAUUACAGUUCAUCUAAUGUUAGCAAAAGCCCUUUGGACAUUGAAUUUAUUGAUGAUAGUUUGAUUAAUAAUGAUACAAAUAACUAUUCUGCUAAUAUAAUCUCAGACAAGAAUGUCUUGGAGAAUGAAGAUAAUCCAUGUACACACACUGAUAUUACUUUUGUAGAUUGCGGCCCUACUUCGCAAUAUUUUGAACCAGAAAUACCAGUGAAUUAUACACAACAAAAACAAGUGACAUCACAGGAGGUAAAAAAUUGUCACUUAGCUAAUACAGCCGGAAUGAAUAAUAAAACAAAGAAUAAAGAACACAAUUUACACGAUACAGACAUGAUUCAUGAAAACGCUAUUACUGCAAAAGCUGGCGAUAACGGUUCUAAUAAAAAUCUUAUCAUUGAACAAUCGUUGAAAGGUCAUGUACAACAAUAUAAUACAGUUCAACCUUUUGUAAAGAAAACUACAGCGAAUAACCACAGUAAAACUGGCGUUCGUAAAAUUUCAGAUAAUCCAAUUAAAGUUAGUAUUCCAUUUCUUGCUAAGAAAAGUGUAAUAACUACAACUAAUUUAGAGCAAAAUCUUCAGACAACAAAAACAAAUAGUAAUUCCAAGGUACUAACUCUGCAAGAUCCAAAGAAUAUUGCAUCAAUAAUUAGUCAACUUUCACCUCAUCUUAUUUCCAACAAGAAAUUGAUUGUCAUUGGACAGGAUUCACGUAAUGUCAUCGCCCAUGACGCAAGUGAGACGGCUACCAAAACAAAUUCAAGCAUCUCGAUAAAUAGCAGCGGUACAAAUUCCAAUACGUCAACGCAGAAGAUGCGCGAUUCCAAUGUCAAGGAACAAGAAGUCACUGAACAAAUUAUAGUAAGAAAUGGAAUAAGGUAUCUCUUGAAAAGUACAAGAAAUAUUAUAAAGGCUUCAAAAAGUUCUAAUUUAUCAAUUGUGAGAAAUGUCACGAAAGCUACAAAACAACCAAUAUCCGAACAUAACACUUCAAAGUCAAGAUUAACGCUCACUAAUUCUAACGAAAUCGAAAAUGUUGGCAUGGAGCAAACGGCUUCACUUCACAACAAUAUUUCUCUUUUAACACCUUCUCCAUCUCCUUCUGAAUUAUCCAGCAGUUCCAGUUGCGAAUUGCACAUUAAGAAACCUUCAAGCCAAUUACGGCCAAUUCUGCCAAAACCUUUAACACCUUCUCCAUCUCCUUCUGAAUUAUCCAGCAGUUCCAGUUGCGAAUUGCACGUUAAGAAACUUUCAAGCCAAUUACGGCCAAUUCUGCCAAAAUUACAGAAAGUACCUCCGCAUUUAAAUUCGAUAUCUGCUCUGCAUUCGACCCAAAAUUAUUUAUUGGAAACAAUAUCAUUAAUUAAGGAGGACAAUGGAGAUCUUUAUAUGGACAUAAAAGAAGUUAGUCGCAUUCAAAAAGAAAGUUUCCGAGAUGUGUGUGAUGUAAUAAUAAAAUAUAGACGAGAAAUGUUUGAUGAGUUUUAUCAAAUGAAUAGUUUGGAAUUGAAAGAACGGCUCGAUCAUUUGCUAUGUGUUGUUAAAGAAAUGCGACAAGUUUUGGACUUUAUAACGGAGGAAGUUUUUAUGGAGAAGUUAAGAGCUGUCAAUACGCUGCAAUGCAUAUUAAACGAAUGUUUCAAUAAAUAUGAUCGGGAAGUACGGGAGAAGCAAAGCAAUGACGUGAUAUUAAACCUAUGGGAAACGAAGGUUGAUCCAGUACAUAAAUGUCCAAUAUGCAAUAGACUUUUGAAACCUAAAUCAUAUAUAGCUGGAUUUUCAAAAUUACCUAAGAAUGACAAAGCGUAUUGUUCUUGUUAUAAAAGAGUUUGUCACAUGUGUUUAUCUUACCAAGGAACCAUGGGACAGUUUAUCGCGCAUCAAAACUUUCAUAAAAUUAAGAAGAGCAAACCAUACAGUUGUCCAGAUUGUCAUGCUGUAUUUGAGUCUGCUAUAUCUUUAGAAGUUCACACAUGGACUGUUUGCUUUCAUACAUGGAAAAAACAAGUAUUUAACUGUAAAAUUUGUGAAAUAGAUGGUUUUAGGGAUUUAGAGUCGAUUACUAGACAUUUUGUUAUUAUGCACAGCAAAACGAAGGUCGGCUGCGAAGAUUGUUCCCGAGUAUUUCUCUCAUAUAAUGAGUAUGUACAACAUUGCAAAAGGACACAUCCGUCUAAAACGGAGAAGAAUCCAAUACGAUUAGUAAUAUGUAAACUAAGCAAUGUAAUCUUACGUUGCGAGAAUUACAUGACAUACUUGGAGAAGUACCCUGGAAUUCGAAAAUUAAUAUGGUUCAAAUGUCGUUUUUGCCAUUUGAUAACUACAGAUAACAAACAUGUGUCGGUGUUACUGAACAAUCAUAUACGAAGUAAUCAUGUAGAAACCAUGUCAAAAAUCCUUAGUAAAGAAGCAUUUAUCCACAUUUUUGGUACAGAAUAUUUAAAAUUUAAAAAGAAAAACUCUUUGCAACAAUUUUCAGGAACACCUGAAAGUGACAAAGACACCGAUGGUACCAUGGUUCCUAAAAUUGUGAAUACUCGAACUAUCAGUUCAGAAAUAUUCGAACAUGGCUCGGAGGGUACGGAAUAUGCAUGGUCUACAGAUAUCAAUGAAAGAAGAGAAUUAUUGCCACGAAUAAUCAGCAUUAGAGGGUGGAUAGAGGAUGGAGCGACAAAUGAUUCAAAAUCAUCCAACUCUAAGGAAGCAGUUACGAAAUUUUCCACUGAAACGAAAGAACAAUCUAAUUCUUCAUCUCUUCAAGUUAUUGAAAUGAUUGAAACUAAAGACGAAAAUCCUUUCUCAUACGAGGAAACAGCAAUGGAAUUAGAUGAUGACAAGCCUAAUAGCAACGAAGAGACAGCAAAGAUAAAAGAGCCUGAUAAAGAUAACAACGAAUUGACAAUGAAUGUUGUAUGCCAGUCUGAAAAGCCUUUAUUAGUAGACACAGUUGAUGUUCGUGUAGAUUCGCCAAUUAUAUUGAGCAAAAAAGUUCCGAAUUCCACAUUCGAAAGAAGCACAGAUAGCCGUAUAAAAAUAGUUGACUUGAGGACAAUAUGUGAAUCAGAGCAAUUCGCGGAGAUGAGCGAUAUAGAGAUGAAAGAUGAAAACGCAAGUUACAUGGCAUCCUUACCAAAACCUCCUCCACUUGCCAGGAUGCCGCAGCAUUUACUUGAACCUGUAGAAGUCAAUGAGCUAGAAAAUGAGCCGGAAAAUAAGCUGGAAAAUAAGCUGGAAAAUAAGCCGGCCAUUAGCCGGCCAAGAAAACCAAGAGCGAAGAAGUCUUUUGUUCGAAGAGUAACCAAUAAGUCACAAAUGCGUAUCGCUUUAGGAACAGAUACACAAAACGAAGAAGGUAUUGAUUACCUCUGCCACUUAUGCAACGAACGGAUUAAUACUUCUCGCUUCGUGGUACAGACACACUUUCGUGAAAAGCAUUCAGAGUACAGAGUAGCGGUAAUCACUCCUCGAUUAUCACGGAUGUCGCCCGACUUUAUUAACAGUGGUUAUACAAAAUUUAUAAAUAGCAAGAAGCGAAAAUCGGACAGCGCUUUAUUUGUAACCAAAAGAAAGCGUCGAUGGACUCAAAGGAAGCGUAGAGAUGUAGAAAUGAAGGAUGUGAAUCUGCCAGGAUUAUGCUUGAUACAGGAGACAGCGGAGGAUAAUUAUAGAGACGCCGAGGGUAAUUUCGUAUGCAAGAAAUGCGGUGAACAGUGCACCGAUAUGCCCGAUUUAAGAGAGCAUAUCGCUGCCAAUCACCGAUUGAAGGGCCGUUACCUGAUAUGCCUGGAAUGCGGCGAGAACUUUAUGGCCGCUCCUAGCUUGCAGAUGCAUCUUAAAGCUCUCCACGGUAUAGAAGAUCCUAUCAGUUACAUGAAUCAAAACCCCUCUUAUGCCCCUGACGACAGUGACUCGCAAACGGGAGAGAGAACGACGGUGGCUAAUCAAUGCUACGUCUGUAUGGCAGUUUUUGAAGAUAAAGCUGCGGUAGACAAGCAUCUGAGGGUGCAUGGCAUGGCUUUCCUGAAUCGUAAGAGGAUAGAAGCGAGAAACGCCCUGGAGAAAAAGACCGUUAUGCAGGAUGAUAAGCCAAAUAUUACCAAAAACGAUUCGAAAGAGGCUGCGAAACCGGACAAACCAGCAGAAACAAUCCUAGAAAAAAUUAAUGCGGCGAUAUAGCUACAGAAGAUGAAACGUAUAAAGGAAAGACGUACGGAAGAAGGCAGUGUUGUAAUAUAAUAGAUUCAUCAAUCUUACUUAUACGCUCGUUUCUGUACAUUUGCGCGUUCAACUCUUCAUUGUUAUUCCUAAAUAUUGCAUCAGUGAAUCAUUAGAUCUCCUUUUUUUUCUACUACGUUUACCUUGUAAUAUAUUACUUUCUUAUGUAAUACUAUUUAGGCGGACAGGUAGAAAAUGAUUUAUUAUUCGUUAGCAUGUAAUGAUGCGAGCAAAACGUCAAUAGAAUUAGAUAAUAGUAAGUCUGAUAAACAGUAAGAAACCUGAUAUUUAAAUUGAUCUUUUUUUUCCUGUAAAAAUUACAUUUUUAUUACAUGUUACUUAAAAAUUAUAUGUUAAAAAAUUCAUUUAAUAGGUAAAAUAUAAUAUAUUCAUAUAAUAGAUAGGUAAAAUAUAAUAU